AUGAAUUUUCUAAUUUUUAAAAAAUUAAAAAAAAGAAUUCAUUCAACAAUUUUAAUACAACUUAUCUUAGUACUAUUUUUAAUUCAUACUUCUCAUAUAAAAUUAAAUAAUUGCAUAUACAUAAAUAAUAAUUCAAAACCUUUAAAAGAUGUAGAAUUUUACAUAGAUACCCCUAAUUAUAAAAUACCAAAAUGUAAUUUAUGCAUUAAUUGCUCCGUUUGUAUACACGAAAAUGAGGUGUCAGAAAACAUCAUUCCAUUGGUUGCUGUAGCUAGUAAAAGAAAAUACUUUUCUGAUAAAAUUAGUAAAGUAAAAGGUGAUAAUGCAGAAUAUGGAAUAAAAAAGGAAGAUAUAAUACCAAGUAAAUAUGCCAAUGACUCUGAGGAUAAUUUUUUUUUAUUAAAUAAAUUAAAUAAUGGAAAAAAAAGGUCUUACAAUUUUCUUCAAAAUGAUAAAUCAUAUGAAAUUUCAAAAAAUAACAAAAAUUUAAAUAUUAAAAAAGAAAAUGAUGAACAAAAAGAAAAUGAAUAUUAUAUUUCAGGUAAGGAUUUUACUAAUAAUUAUAGCCAUAAGAAUUAUAGAAUAAAUGGAGAUAUAAAUAAUAAAAAAAAAGAUCAGAAAGUAGAUAAUAAAUUGUCAAAUACUCAAGUGACUUUACCUUUACAACAAUUACAAGAUAGUCAAUAUGUUGGUACAGUUAAAAUAGGGAAUCCACCACAAACAAUAAGGCCUAUUUUUGAUACUGGUAGCACAAAUAUAUGGAUAGUCAGUACAAAAUGCAAUGAUGAUACUUGUUUAAAAGUGCAUAGAUACAACUAUAAAUUAUCUAGAAGCUUUAGAUAUUAUAAACCGUAUACAAAUUUAGAUAUUAUGUUUGGUACAGGAAUAAUUCAGGGAACAAUAGGAAUAGAAACAUUUAGAAUAGGCCCAUUUAAAAUAGAAAAUCAAUCAUUUGGUUUAGUAAAAAAAGAAAAAGGAAAUGAGAAAAAAUCUAAUGUUUUCGAAAGAAUAAAAUUUGAAGGAAUAAUUGGUUUAGCAUUUCCUGCAAUGUUAUCUACCGGAAAAACAACUAUUUAUGAAAAUUUAGUUUCUGCAUAUAAUUUUAAACAUAACGAAUUUUCAAUUUAUAUAGGAAAAGAUAGUAAAUUUUCUGCCUUAAUAUUCGGAGGUGUAGACACACGAUUUUUUCAUGGAGAUAUUUAUAUGUUUCCAGUUGUUAAAGAAUAUUAUUGGGAAAUAAAUUUUGAUGGUUUAUAUAUUGAUCAUCAGAAAUUUUGUUGUGAUUCUAGUUCGAUUGUUUAUGAUUUACGAAAGAAAAGUAAGAAAAAAAAAAAUUCCUUUAUCCGGAAAUUUUUUAGAACAAUUUCUCAUUUCAAGAAUGAAAAUCAAAUGGAAGAGAAUGAUAGUAUGAAUGAAAAAAAAAUAAAAAAGGAUAAAAAUUAUUUAAUAUUUGAUUCUGGAACAUCUUUUAACAGUGUACCUAAAUCAGAAAUAGAAUAUUUUUUAAAAAUUGUUCCUUCAAAAAAAUGUGAUGAUAAUAACAUUGAUGAAGUUGUUUCAGGCUAUCCUAAUUUAACAUAUGUUAUUAAUAAAAUGCCAUUUACAUUGACACCAGCACAAUAUUUAGUUCGUAAUAAUGACAUAUGUAAACCAGCAUUUAUGGAAAUAGAAGUUUCACCUGAAUAUGGUCAUGCAUAUAUUUUAGGAAAUGCAACAUUUAUGAGAUAUUACUAUACUGUUUAUAGAAGAGGAAAAAAAAAUGAAAGUUCAUAUGUAGGGAUAGCGAAAGCUGUUCACGCAGACGAAAACGAAGUAUAUUUGAAUUCUCUUCAUAAUGAAAUCAAUAAAAUGUGA